CGACAACAACAACGCGGAAGCCGUGCAUCGUGAACAUCACGGUCUCUCGCUUUGUUGGUGAUUGUACACUGCGAGGUCUCUUGUAGUCAUUCUGGUCACCCGGGGUGCUAACCACACCACUUGCUCACGUGGGCUUGGACCGCUGUCAUCCUCGAAUUCGAGGCAACACAAAGGACCCCAUCUCGUGCAGCCUUCCCAAGGCUCGCACGCCUCUCCUCCUCCUCCGCUCCUGGACCCGACAGACUCACAACUUCCUGUCCGCCACCGCCAUUCACUCCCUGCACGACUGCGCAAUAUGGCCACCCCGCUCAACACUACCACUGCGCAAUUUGCUGGACCCUCUUACCUACAGGCCAUUCGGCCGGCCUCGUCCAUGAGCGCGAACAGAUUCGACGAGGGAUAUUCAGAGGAUACGCGGAGCCAGAGUGGAAGCGACUCCAUAAUGCGAGCCGAGUUAAGGCUAGGCGAUGGAAUGGGGAUAGAUCAUGAACUGCAAUACCCGCUCCCGGACUGGGUUCUAAACAUGAGCGAAACAGAUCGCAGCGACUUUGCAUAUGCAAUCCUCAGGUCUUUACGAACAUCCUCAAUCGCCGCAAUAGUUGAAAAACUGAACCCUCUCCUCCACCUCGACCCCGUCAUUCACCUUCCACCUGAAAUCACGUUCCAAAUCUUCUCCUACUUAACACCCCAGACGCUACUGCGGGCAUCCACCUUAUCGCGCACAUGGCGGACUCGGGUCAUGGACAGCCCUCUGUGGAAGGUAUUGUUUCGCCUAGAAGGCUGGAACUCGAACUUUCCCCAGGUCCGCGCAUUCGAAGAACGCCAGAAGAUGAGGAGAUCAGAAACAAAGGAGCGCAAGACACGCGCACGUGGGGCGGAAGAAAUGGACUACGAAAAGCCAACAACCAAGAAGCGCCUUCGCGAGAGAACAAUAUUCGGUGAUGGAACCUCGUCUGACUCCGGAAUACACAACAGGCUUGAGCCUUUGUCUCUCGAUGGCUCACGCGAUAUCCUCCCUAGCUGGGGCGAGCAGCACGGCGUUGUUGAGGUAGACGACAGUCCGACAAUCAAGGUGGAGGAUAAGAUGGAAGGUAUCGCAUACCACGACUCAUCCUCGACUACAACCCCUACUGCAGCGAGUUUCCGUCGGAUGAGGAAAGGUAUCAAUCAAAAUGACGAGCCUGCAAUAUCCCCAACAGCCCCUAGUCCCAUGGACCCGCCCAUACGACCCUCUCUCCUUCUCCCCUCUUCCCCGGAGCCCCGAAUCAACUGGCAGUAUCUGUAUAAACAGAAGAGGCGGUUAGAGGACAACUGGGAUGCUGGUCGUUUCUCCAAUUUUCAGCUUCCUCAUCCCAGUCAUCCUACCGAGGCUCAUACAGAAUGCGUAUACACGAUUCAAUAUUCCGGCAAAUAUCUUGUCAGUGGCAGCCGCGACAAGUCUGUUCGGAUUUGGAAUCUAGACACUCUGCGCCUGAUUCACCCUCCCUUGAUGGGACAUACCGCAUCCGUUUUGUGUCUGCAGUUCGAUGAGCGUCCAGAUCAAGACAUUGUCAUUUCUGCUGGAAGCGAUUGCCGUGUCAUCCUCUGGCGAUUCUCCACCGGGGAAAUGAUCAAGGAAAUCAAAGAUGCGCACUCAGAAUCGGUUUUGAACCUCAGGUUCGACGACCGGUACCUCGUGACUUGCUCUAAAGACAAGACAAUCAAGGUCUGGAAUCGGAAGGAAAUUUGGCCGACGAAUGACGCGUACCCUUCCUCAACAACGAAGUCGAGUGCUAAAUUUCCAGCAUAUAUCAUCAACAUGGCGCAUCAUGUGGAAAAUCAACACUUACACUUUAAGCCGCUUGAGCCGUAUACCCUCUUGAUGACCUUGGAAGGACAUGGUGCCGCAGUCAACGCUAUUCAAAUCCUCGAAGGUCAGAUAGUGUCAGCAUCUGGGGAUCGAAGCGUCAAGGUAUGGGAUGUGCGCACAGGUGCUUGCCAAAGGACCUUCUCAGGGCACAGUAAAGGAAUCGCAUGUGUUCAGUUCGACGGCCGGAGGAUAGUCAGCGGCAGUUCUGACGAAACCGUCCGCAUAUUCGACCGAGCUACCGGUGCCGAAGUCGCUUGCCUUCAAGGGCAUGCAAACCUAGUCCGAACCGUUCAAGCUCAAUUUGGCGACCUACCAGGAAAUGAGGAGGAGCUAGAAGCAGAGGCCCGAGCUGUGGACCAUAGCUUUUUCGAGGCUCAGAGGAAAGGUCUUAUCACGCAAGAGAUGUCGCGAGCCCAACGCAGAGCGCGAAAUGCAGGUUCCCGAGAUCCGAAAGCCCUCUUCGCCUACGGGGCUAAGCUCCCCCCUGGUGGAGGCGGUAGCAAAUGGGCCCGGAUCGUCUCCGGCUCCUAUGAUGAGACAGUCAUCAUCUGGAAGAAAGGGCCCGAUGGAGCUUGGGUCAAGUCAAAGAUUCUCUACCAGAACGAGGCAGUCAGGGCUGCCGGAGGCCGCCCUCGUCGUGCCGUUGCGCCAAACCGCCCGAAUACAGUCAACCAGAAUCAACACCAGCAACAGAAUGCAGGCAAUCCUUCUGCUCAAAAUGCGCCUCCUAACUUCCAAGCCCUAGCCCAGCAAGCCCAAGCCCAAGCCCAGGCGGCCCAGUCACUAGCACAGCAAGCCCAAGCACUCCAUGCAGCCUCACAGACAAUGCAGCAGGUCAAUCAACCCCCUCCCACUGCCACUGUCACUGUCAACACAACUACGACCCUAAAUGUAGCUACCACUGCAAAUCAGAUGGCUACAACUAACGGGCCAGCGACUGGUGGAGCUUAUCAGCAGCAACAACCACAGCAGCAAGCCCAAGCCCCGGCUCCUGCUCCUGCUCCCAACGCUGGCCCCCAUCACCACCACCACGGUACCCAUCACCACCACCACCCUUUUGCCGGCCCGCUAAAUACCCAAGGCACCAAUUCCCGCGUCUUCAAACUCCAAUUCGAUGCCCGAAGGAUCAUCUGUUGCAGUCAAGAUCCGACUAUCGUAGGUUGGGACUUUGCAAACGGUGAUAAGGAGAUAAUUCUCGCCAGCCAAUUUUUCGGAGAAUCGGGAUAGAUCAGAUGAACUAUGUACAAUUUAUUCAAACCGCCACAGCUUUUCUCGGGCUGGAUGGAGCGAGUGGAAGUCGGCGGAUCGGAUACAUAACGAUCCAGCGCCGGUCAGUCUAGGCACUUUAGGAGUGCGCACAGUACCGAAGAGAAACCCAAAAGUUCCAGUACAAACGCGCGUUCGUAGAGAGAAUCAGCUCCUCCGAAGGCUGUUUUCUUACCCCGCUCCGAUACCCUUCUAUCUUCUGUACUGGCUUUGAGACGCAGAAGCAAGACAAUGCCGCCCUCGUCUAAUAUCCAUAUUUCCUUUGAUCCCGCUACAACUCAAAUCUCCUUGAGCCCUAUCUGCUAUGUAAAUAUAUGUAGACAGCUUCCCGCGGUUUCUUUCCUUGCUUGCGUGAUGUUCUAAGUAGCUUCGGGCGUGGAUAUGGACAUAAACGGCGGAAUCCACUUUUUUCUUUAGUAAACCACAUUAUGAUGAAUG